GCCAUUUCCUUUUCAUUUCCAUUUUUCAGUCCAUUGCAGAUAAAUAGUGUGUUCUUUAGUUUGAGCAUCUAAAUCUACUAGAGGUUUCUUUUUAAGUCCAAUUUCUGCUCUCCUGAGGGGUUGAAACUGAGGUUCAUUGGCAUCCAUGGUUACCUAUAAAUCACAAAAGAAAAUGGACUUAUUCAAAAACAUUAAGUUUUUUGUCUUCUGUCAUGGAAUGUUGCAUCUGUCCAUGCUGCUUAUCUCCAUCUUCCUCAAAACCAGCAUCUCCAACAUCGAGAAGCAAUUUGGCUUCUCCAGCAAGAUGUCAGGGAUACUAACAGCAGUACAUGAGGUUGGCAGCACAGUAUUAGUGGUGUUUGUGAGUUACUUUGGGACCAAAGUGCAUCGACCUCGUGUGGUUAGUCUUGGAGGCUUCCUAGUGGCAAUGUCUGGAUUCCUCACCACCGUGCCACAUUUUAUCAAGGGACCAUAUGUUUACGACCAAAUGAUCAUUAAUUCAACAGAUUCUGACCUCUGCCAAGUCGAAGAAUCCAAGAUCCAUUCAUCACCAAAAGAUUUGGAGUGUAUCCAAGACAGAAACACUGACAGAAAUGUGGUUGCCAUCUUCAUAUUCACACAGCUACUGCGAGGAAUCGGGAUGGUCCCUAUCCAGCCCUUUGGCAUUUCAUAUAUAGAUGAUUUUGGGAGUGAGAGAAACAUACCAAUAUAUAUGGGAAUACUUUACAGCAUCGCUUUUAUAGGUCCAGCUUUGGCCUUUGUGCUCAGUUCAGCAGUGUUGCAACUCUAUGUGGAUAUUGAUAAGUCUUUAAAAUUUGAGUUAACAUCUUCAGACCCACGCUGGGUUGGUGCCUGGUGGCUUGGAUUCCUUCUUAUUGCUUCACUGGUGGCUCUCAGUUCUAUUCCAUAUUUCUUCUUUCCAAGAGCAAUGCCCAAGGAGAGGUUAGAAGAAUCAAAAGGACAAGAAUCAAAACCAAAGCUUCAGCUGAAAUCUGGGACAGUAGAAUCAGCACUUCAGAGCAACUCUCUUGGGAAGUUUAUAAAGAGCUUCCCAAUCACCUUGAUUCGAAUGCUCAGGAAUCCUAUUUUUCUUUUUGUGGUCAUUGCGAAAUGCAGCUUUUCCAUUGUGAUUUCUGGACAGGCAACAUUCCUAGCCAAAUAUAUGGAAAGGCAGUUCUCAAUUGCCACUCCAUUUGCAAACAUCCUGAUAGGUACCUUUAUUGCUCCUAUUUCCUCAAUUGGAAUUUUCUUUGGUAGUCUUAUGGUGAAGAAAUUUGAGAUCACACAAAAGAAUGCUGCUUUCUUCUGCUGUGUUGUUGUCUUCAUUUCUAUCAUUUUGUCUAUCCCUACAUUGUUUCUGGGCUGCUCAACACGAAGAAUUGCAGGCAUCAAUGAUAACUACAUAAACAGAAAUGCUAACUCAAGUCUUGUUUCCUCCUGCAACAUGAACUGUCAGUGUCUGGCCACAGCCUUCAAUCCAGUGUGUGGUAAAGAUGGAAUUGAAUAUGUGUCUCCUUGCCAUGCUGGUUGUAAAAAAUAUUUAUUCAACUUCACUGCUAAUAAAAUUCAGAAUUACACUGAUUGUGCAUGCAGUGACUUUGCAGAACCGGGGCCAUGUCACUUUCCAUGCUCCCAUCUUUUAAUUUCAUUCCUUUUUCUCAUUGGAUUCGUUAUGCUGAUCUCCUGUCUGUGUUACACGCCAUCAUUAAUGUUGGUUCUCAGAACAGUGUCCAAGGAAACCACAUCAUUUGCUGUUGGAAUUCAGUCUGUCUUACUCCAAGUGCUGGGUUGGCUUCCUGGUCCUAUCCUUUUUGGAGUUAUUAUUGACAGUACCUGUAUACAGUGGGAAUAUAAAUGUGGAUACAUAACCUCUUGCCAAUAUUAUGACAAUGACCUUUUCCGAAAAAGGUUCAUGGGUUUCCAGAUUAUAUUUCUAGUGGCCACCUUCAUAUGUUUUCUCAUUGCUUACUACAAAAUGCGAAACCAUCCACCAAAGACUGCAGACAUAACAGUGAAAGAAAAUUAUGCAGAGUCUAUGGAAUUAUGAGAAAGAAUAUUCGCAUUGAAUACAAAGCAAUUAAUGCUCUACCUGCCAUGAGAUGCAAAA